GUCGCCGCGGGCCCGCCGUCCUUCGGGGGCGGUGCUGCCGCCUCAGCGCGCGGGGUCACCGCGAAGCGCCGCCGCCAGCCGCACGUCUGCGUUCAGAGCCGGCCGUGAGAGCCCGCGCGGCCGUCACGAUGCCCGAGGUGAGCACGGAGCACCUGGACGAGCAGCAGGUGCAGCUGCUGGCCGAGAUGUGCAUCCUCAUCGAUGAGAACGACCGUCGGAUCGGGGCGGACACGAAGAAGAACUGCCAUCUGAAUGAGAACAUCGACAGAGGUUUAUUGCACCGAGCGUUCAGUGUUUUCUUAUUUAAUACAGAAAAUAAACUGUUACUGCAGCAGAGGUCAAAUGCUAAAAUCACAUUUCCAGAUUGCUUUACCAACACCUGCUGUAGCCAUCCGCUGAGCCACCCGCUGGAACUGGAAGAAAAUGAUGCCAUUGGAGUUCGGAGAGCAGCACAGAGACGAAUGAAAGCAGAGUUAGGAAUUCCUAUGGAGCAGGUUACUCCAGAAGAAAUCUUCUAUCUGACACGAAUUCACUACAAGGCCAAGUCUGAUGGGAUCUGGGGUGAACAUGAGAUAGACUACAUCUUAUUUGUGCAGAAGGAUGUAACGCUGAAUCCUGAUCCCAACGAGAUCCAGAGCUACUGCUAUGUGACCCAGAAAGAACUGAAGCAACUUCUGGACAAAGCUUCGAGGAACGAAGUCAAGAUUACUCCCUGGUUUAAACUAAUUGCAGAGACCUUUCUUUUUAAGUGGUGGGAUAACUUACCUAACUUGAACAAAUUUGUUGAUCAUGAAAAAAUACACAGAAUGUAAUAGCUGCAGUGAGAGAUGCUGAAGGCUGAAGUGAUGUCUGUGUGGUAAUUCGUGACUCGAGUGCAGGGAAAAUGGCCCACCUGGAGCAUGUUUAACAAGAGAUUUUGAACAGAUGGUUGUAGCCAAUGGUUUUUCCUAUCUCUUCACCUCUUCUUCCAUCCCAGUAACAUAAGAAACCCCCUUGAUUCAUCUUUCUGUUACCUCAUGUGGUGCUAAAGAACCCUCAGCCUGCGUGUACCCAGUUUGCUCUCACCGCCUUGCACACUUACAUGUGCUGUAAGAGUGUGGGCACUUCCUGUCCAGCUCCUUCAGUAGAGAGGUGCAUUUUCAAUUUUAUAUCACUACAUCUUCCAGAAUGCUAAUUACAAACCCAUGUGAGUUCUGCACUGAUGUGACAGAACGAGUCUGUGAAGAAAAUUAAUUCAAAGUGAUCAGGAGUGUUAUAAUUGCAGAACAGAUCUCUGGUUGCUGUGCUGUGUAGUACAUGUGAAAACUAAUUGGAUCAUCUGUGUGGACUGAAUUUCACUUUGAACUGCUACAUGAUGUGUUACAGCUUUAGAUAAUAAACACUGAUUUUAAAA